CUUUAAAUAAUGAGAGUCAAAGAUGGCAGUAACUGUUCCUUUUUCUUUUGAAAGCUUUGGCAAUUUUAAAUGAAGAAAGCAGCAAAUGUUGCAUUAAAGACAUUCUGCAACUUUAGUAAAAAGAAAAGUAAAAGAAGAAGAAGGGUAGAGUGGGAAGUUGAGUAGAUUGAAGGUGUAAUAAUUGCGGGGAAACGAGAAGAGCAAGAGAGAACAGAAAGCAUUUAAUGCAGACUUGGUUGUCUUAACUCCAGUAAAAAAGAUGUUAGAUUUACAAACAGAUUUUUGCUUUUUAUUAACAGAAAAUUUGAACAUUGGUUGCUGAUACUAAAAUAGAAAUUGGUGGCUGUUUCUUUUGAGUUAUUCAAAUUCUUGGGUUUCUGUUCAUUGGGUACGUGAGAGUGCUUGAUAUAUUGAAGAAGAUCUUGGCAAGUUGGCUUCUUUUUGUUUUCAUUUUGAAAUUCUUGAUUCUGCAGAUGCCUUUGAAUCUGGGUUUUGUAUCUUUUGUGGGGUUGAUGUGGUUUCUUUUUAUCAACGUACCAAGAGUCUUCAGGUCCAAGAUGUUGUUCAAUUUGAAUUCGAACCCGCAAUUUAUGGGCCUUUUUAAUGGGAUAUGCUAAAGCUAAUGUUUCUCUGAUGGUUCUAUUCAGAUUCUUCUUUCUUUCUUUCAAAAACCUCUUCUUUGUGAUCAAUUCUUGAUACUCAAAAGCUAAAGUUUCUCUGUUUCUUUUUUAAACCAUGCUAUACUUUAGAAUGUCUUGACUGCCCAUUUUUUCAUUUCAAAUUUCUUUGUUGUGAGAGAAAAAAAGAGGCAUUCAUGCAUCUCUUACUAUGGAAGCCAAUUUCUCACUGUGCUGCUUUGAUAAUGGACAAGAAGUCCAGAAGAAGAGACCGUUCCGGUUCUCGUUCCGGCAGUGUUGGCGCCUCUAUCCUCCGUCAACUGCAGGAGAAUAAGCUUAGAGAGGCUCUUGAAGAAGCAUCUGAAGAUGGGUCACUCGCAAAAUCACAGGACAUUGAUGCUGACUCUUUUCCAAAUCAAGAAAGAAACUUCAUCGGACGGUCACGAUCUCUCGCUAGGCUCCAUGCUCAGAAAGAAUUCUUGCGUGCUACAGCUAUGGCUGCUGAGAGAAUCUUUUGCACUGAGGACUCAAUUCCUGACCUAUGUGAAGCGUUCUCUAAGUUCCUCAUUAUGUACCCAAAAUUUCAAUCUACAGAAAAGAUUGAUCAGUUGAGAAUUGAUGAGUAUGGGCAUCUAUCUGAGGUUUUUUCAAAGGUAUGCCUUGAUUACUGUGGCUUUGGGUUAUUUUCUUAUCUGCAAACUCAACAGUAUUGGGAAUCGUCUGCUUUUACUUUACAUGAAAUAACUGCAAAUUUGAGUAAUCAUGCUCUCUAUGGAGGUGCUGAAAUGGGUACUGCAGAACAUGAUAUAAAGAGUAGGAUAAUGGAUUAUUUGAACAUUCCUGAAAAUGAAUAUGGCCUUGUUUUUACUGUUAGUAGAGGGUCUGCAUUUAAAUUGCUUGCUCAAUCUUAUCCAUUUCAAACAAACAAGAAUUUGUUGACCAUGUUUGAUCAUGAGAGCCAGUCUGUUAAUUGGAUGGCUCAGUGUGCUAAGGAGAAAGGCGCUAAGAGUUAUAAUGCUUGGUUUAAAUGGCCGACUUUGAAGCUGUGCUCGACGGAGCUGAGGAAGCAGAUUUGUAAUAAGAAGAAGAGGAGGAAGAAUUCUGCUGUUGGUCUUUUCGUGUUUCCUGUUCAGUCUAGAGUAACUGGAGCUAAAUAUUCUUAUCAGUGGAUGGCGCUAGCUCAACAAAAUAAUUGGCAUGUGUUGCUGGAUGCUGGUUCGCUAGGUCCAAAGGAUAUGGAUUCGCUAGGGCUUUCUUUGUUUCGGCCAGAUUUUAUUAUCACGUCGUUUUAUCGAGUGUUUGGUUCUGAUCCGACUGGUUUCGGAUGUCUGUUGAUUAAGAAAUCUGUAAUGGCAAGUUUGCAAAAUGAGAGCGGCUGUACAGGCUCGGGAAUGGUGAGGAUUAUCCCUGUUCUUCCUCAGUAUUUAGGCGAUUCUGUUGAUGGUCUUGAUAUGUUUGCUGGAAUGGAGGAUGAUGACAUGAAUGGUAAUGAAGAAGCAGCACCUGAAAAACAUGAGCCGCUACAGUUGCCUGCGUUUUCCGGUGUAUUCACUUCAAACCAGGUGAGGGAAACUUUUGAGACCGAGAUGGAAAAUGAUAUUAGCUCAGAUAGGGAUGGAGCAAGCACAAUUUUUGAAGAAGCUGAGAGCAUUUCAGUUGGGGAGGUAAUGAGAAGUCCAAUUUUCAGUGAGGACGAAUCAUCGGAAAAUUCAUACUGGAUUGAUUUGGGUCAGAGUCCACUAGGAUCUGAUCAUUCUGGUCAAUUCACGAAGCAGAAGAUAGGUUCGCCUCUGCCAUCUUCCUGGUUUUUAGGGAAGAGGAACCAUAGUCGACCCUCAACAAAGGCACCAUCAAGAAUGUUUAGGAGUCCAAUUUAUGAUGAUGAUCAUCUUAAAACUCAUGAAGAUCCCGUUUUGUCAUUUGAUGCUGCAGUAUUGUCAAUGUCGCAGGAGCUUCACCUUCCCAACGAAAUCCCGGAGGAAGAACAGUUUGCUGAAACAGAACAUAGUCUCAUCAACAGCGGACAGAAAUAUGCCAAAUCGAAGCCUAAUGGAGACGCCCAAAAGGAUGUUGAAGUACGGGGUAGGUCAAUAUUGGCCGACUCUAAGUUAUCGAGUUCUAAUAAAGGCUGCAGGCCCGAGAACCAUAUUUCUUACAGUCGGCAUUCUAACAUUGAAGGCGUGUCAGCCUCGGAAAUUAGCCAAGAAGUUAAAGAAAGUGCUAUAAGGAGGGAGACGGAAGGUGAUUUUAGAUUGUUGGGGAGGAGGGAAAAAGGUAGGUUCUUCGGUUUGGAAGAGGGCGAGAGAGUUGGUAGCAUGAGUCAUCGGGUAUCUUUCAGCAUCAACGAUGACUACAGCAGAGAGCACUUUAGUAACUUGAAGCAAGGAGAAAUUUCAUUACACUCUUCCAGUGACGAAGAGUCGAUGAGUAAUGAAGAAUAUGGCAAUGAACAAGAUUGGGAAAGGAGAGAGCCAGAGAUACCUUGUCGGCAUCUGGAUCACAUCAACCUUUUGGGACUGAAUAAAACUACUCUCAGAUUUAGGUAUCUCGUAAACUGGCUUGUAACCUCCUUACUUCAACUUCGGUUUCCGUCUUCGGAUGGAGUUGGUGCACCUCUUGUGCAGAUAUAUGGCCCUAAAAUUAAAUACGAAAGGGGUGCAGCCGUAGCUUUCAAUGUCAGACAGCUCAGCGGAGGACAAUUAGUGCACCCGGAAGCUGUUCAGAAAUUGGCCGAGAAAAAUGGAAUUUCUCUAGGUGUUGGCAUCUUGAACCAUGUUAAGAUAGUUGACAAUCCGAAACAGCAUUGCAGUGGAUUCGAUCUUGAAGACACAGCGUUAUGCAAGCCAAUGGCUAAUGCCCGCCGAGAUGGAAAAAAUGUGUUCUACAGAAUUGAGGUUGUCACUGCAUCACUUGGAUUUCUGACGAACUUUGAAGAUGUUUAUAAGAUGUGGGCAUUUGUUGCAAGGUUUCUUAAUCCUGCAUUUGUGGAAGAUGACAAAUUAUCGACAGUUCCUGAGGAUUCAGAAAUGUAAAAUUCAGAAGUUAUAUUAUUUUGUUCCAUUUAUUAAAGAGUAUGGACCCCUCCAUCGCCUUAUGCAAUCGCUGAAAGGAAGAUAUGUACUCAAUGAUCUCAUGGUUUGGGAUUCUGAUUUUGUAGGAGAAGAUUAAGCAGACAUUGAAGGACGCAGAGGUAUGGUUUUGUGUGGUCGCUUCCAUUUGCUCUUUUAUUAAAGCUUAAAAAAUGAGCAGUGGACAAAUUUAUUCAUUCUUAUUUGGUAUUUUGCUGUUUGAAAAUAUGCCACCUCAGUCAGUUCUUUGUCUCUAAUAUUGACUGAAAUGUCUCUGAUCAUCUCUUCCUUUCCUAUCUUAGUUCUUCUUUGAAUGUGGUGUAUCUCAAAAAUUUGUGCUUCAGUUCCAUUUUUUGAACAAUUAUGCUCUUCACUACUAGUGGAUGGAGUUUAGCUUGUAAUGUUUAUGUUUCCUCUUGUACAGUGGUCGACAACUACGUUUCCUGCUUCUAUAAAUAUUGUAAGCACUUAUGUCUAA